AUGAAUCAGCAUGCCACAGCAGUGGAGGUGUACAAGGGGGCUGCGUCUGUGCUGCUGCCCUGUCAGCUACUAGCUGCUCCCAGUGAGUUCACAGCAGCAGUGUGGGAUCGCAAGGACCUCAACAUCCCAACAGUCCAUGUUCGUGUGAAGAGUGGUGAUGAUUUGGAUGACCAAAACCAGCGUUACACCAACCGAACAUCAAUGCGUGCUGAUGCUCUGCAAACUGGAAACCUCAGCCUCACUCUGAGAAACCCGACAGUCUCUGACAGUGGAACCUACACCUGCAUCCUCCGCAUCACUGGACGAGAUGUGAGCUGGACUUACUUACAACUGAAGGUCACAGAACCUCCUCCUCCACCUCCUCCAGUCUGGCCCAAAGUUCUCUCAGCUGUCUUGGUUCCUGUGGUUGUCCUGGCUAUUUGGUGUGGUAUCGACAUGUUUUGUGGCUAUAAAAGGCUGAAAAAUAAAGAGGUUCAUGAGGUGGAGGUGGGUUCAGGUGUGGAGUUUGCCAAUCUGCCCUGCAAAGCCACAGUUCACCUGUCUAAGGUAAAUAAGAUUGUGUGGAAGGACAGACAGAGAUGGCAGGAACGUCCAUGUGUAUCAGAAAGACUCUAA